UCAACCCAUAAGAGUUCCCAGUUCCAGGGGCCCUGGAGGAGCAGUGCUGACGGGGAGAGUGCAGCGAGAGAAUGAAGAAGCCAACCGUCAAGGAGAAGCAUGAGGUGGCAGUGCGGCGUUCAGUUUAAAGGGCUUCGGCUGGCGAUCCCAUGGGCAACGCUGCUGGCGCUAUGUCUUUCCAGCUGGAUCUUUGCUACCACUGCCCUUGCUGCUGCUGCUGCUGCCGUUGUGACCCCUGAGCAACAUGCCUCUUUGGCUGGUCAGCCCCCUUUGGACUGGUUGCUCACUGACCGGGGCCCAUUUCACCGUGCUCAGGAGUAUGCUGACUUCAUGGAACGGUACCGUCAAGGUUUCACCACCAGGUACAGGAUUUACAGAGAGUUUGCCCGAUGGAAGGUGAAUAACUUGGCUCUGGAGAAAGACUUUUUCAGCUUGCCAUUACCCCUCGCCCCAGAAUUCAUCCGGAAUAUCCGCCUCCUGGGACGGAGGCCCAGCCUGCAGCAGAUUACAGAAAACCUCAUCAAAAAGUACGGCACUCAUUUCUUACUCUCUGCAACUCUGGGAGGUGAAGAGUCAUUGACUAUUUUUGUGGACAAGAGGAAACUGAGCCGGAAAACAGAUGCAAGUGAAGCUACUGGGACUGGGAGAAGUGGGAACAGUUCAGCUGUGUCCCUGGAGACCCUACACCAGCUGGCAGCCUCCUACUUCAUUGACAGAGAAAGCACACUCCGUCGUCUCCACCACAUCCAGAUAGCAACAGCUGCCAUCAAGGUCACAGAGACACGGACAGGCCCUCUGGGCUGCAGUAACUAUGAUAACCUGGAUUCCGUCAGCUCAGUCCUGGUGCAGAGUCCAGAAAACAAGGUUCAGUUAUUAGGCCUGCAGGUGCUGCUACCUGAGUACCUCAGAGAGCGAUUUGUGGCAGCUGCUCUCAGCUAUAUUACCUGCAGCUCUGAAGGGGAGCUCAUCUGCCGGGAGAAUGACUGCUGGUGCGAGUGUGGACGCUUCCCAGAGUGCAACUGCCCUGAACCGGACAUCCGGGCCAUGGAAGAGAGCCUGCUCCAGAUUCAGGACACCUGGGCUACUCACAACAGGCAGUUUGAGGAGUCAGAGGAAUUCCAGGCCCUGUUGAAAAGACUUCCAGAGGAUCGCUUCCUCAACUCAACUGCCAUCUCCCAGUUCUGGGCCAUGGACUCGAGCCUCCAGCACCGUUACCAGCAGCUGGGGACCACCCUGAAACUGCUGUCCAAGAAGACCCAUCGGGUCAUCCGCCGCCUCUUCAACCUUUGCAAACGCUGCCCCAGGCAGCCUCGAUUCUGGCUGCCAAAGGAAAGGCCCUUAUCCUAUUGGUGGAACCGGAUCCAGUCCUUCCUAUACUGUGCUGAAAGCACCGUCCCUGGGACUUUCUUGGAGCAGAGCCACAGCUGCACCUGCCCCUAUGACCCCUCCUGCCAGGGUCCCAUCCCGUGUGCCUUGGGUGACGGGCCAGCCUGUGCCAUCUGUGCGCCAGACAAUAGCACCCGCUGUGGGGGUUGCAAUGAUGGCUAUGUGCUGACCCAGGGGUUGUGCCGGCCGGAGGUGGCGGAGUCUCUGGAGAAUUACGUAGGCCUGGAGACGGAUCUGCAGGACCUGGAACUUAAGUACCUGCUUCAGAAACGGGAUAGCCGCAUUGAGGUCCACUCCAUCUUCAUCAGCAAUGACAUGCGUCUGGGCAGCUGGUUUGACCCCUCCUGGAGAAAGCGCAUGCUUCUGACUCUAAAAAGCAACAAGUACAAGCCAGGGCUGGUCCACGUGAUGCUGGCCCUGUCACUCCAGAUCUGUCUCACCAAGAACAGCACCCUGGAACCCGCCAUGGCCAUCUACGUCAACCCCUUUGGGGGCAGCCAUUCAGAGAGCUGGUUCGUGCCUGUGAAUGAAGGCAAUUUUCCAGACUGGGAAAGGACUAAUGUGGAUGCGUCGGCCCAGUGCCAAAACUGGACGCUCACCCUGGGAAACAAGUGGAAGACCUUUUUUGAGACCGUCCAUGUCUACCUGAGGAGCCGAAUCAAGUCCCUGGAUGACAGUUCUAAUGAGACGCUUUACUAUGAGCCCCUUGAGAUGUCUGACCCCUCCAAGAAUCUCGGCUACAUGAAGAUCAACAGCCUGCAGGUCUUUGGCUAUAGCAUGCCCUUUGACCCUGAUGCUAUUCGGGACUUAAUCCUACAGCUGGAUUACCCAUACACUCAAGGUUCCCAGGACUCUGCCCUGUUGCAGCUCAUUGAGAUCAGGGACCGAGUGAACCAGCUUUCUCCCCCCGGAAAAGUCCGGCUCGACCUCUUCUCUUGCUUGCUCCGGCAUCGGCUCAAGCUGGCAAACAACGAAGUGGGCAGGAUUCAGUCCUCCCUGAGGGCCUUCAAUGCCAAACUUCCAAGUCCUGUGGAGUAUGAGACUGGCAAGCUCUGCAGCUAACUGGGGGGCGCUGGGGAUGCCCUGGGGCUAGGAAGCAGGGGGAGCCAAGACUGUCUAAAUGGCCUUACCUUAGUGCCAAUCGUGUGCAUUUGAGCAAAUGAGACUUGAAGGCACGGCUCGAGUCACGUGCCAGCAGAUAGGGUGGAUGCAGAUGUGGGCACACAGAAGCAUAAACGUAUAUAUACAUUAUCUCCCUCCCUGGGAGACUAAAAUGAAGCAGAAUCUGAUUGGUGAAAUCAGUGAUUUCUGACAUGAGAACAGUCAAAGAAGAGAUUUUAAAAAAAACCUUCUCAAAAAAAACCUACAUUACAGAAAUCUUGAAAAGUGAUUCUUGCCAUUCAGAGCAAAGAGAGAGAAAAGUGGGGCUGAGUAUCGGGCCUCCCCCUCCAAGGAGUCACUUUUGUAUUCUUUUUAACCAGAUGUUUCUAACAAUGUAGUGGUUUUGUGUUCCCCAUUUUGGUUUCUCAGUUUUUGUAUUCCUCCUCUGCUGUGCCCUCACAACACUGCCUUUCCCCUCAGAACCCAUCCCCUUGGGAAACCCUCGAAAAUGAAACAGACAGAGAUCAUGUUUGUUGCUUCUCCUCAUCAUCCCUAUUCCUUAGCCCCCCUUUGACCCCCUCCUCUUUCUCUGUCUCACCCACAAUUCCAGGGCUCCACCCUCCUUCCCUCACCUCCAUGCAUCUCCUCUGUCUAACUGGACUUAUUCCCUGGAAACAAUGCUGUCAAGUUAGUAACAGGUAUUCAAUGUAUAGGGAUGUCUUUUUUUUUUAACCAAAAAUAUAUUUAUUUUAUGGGUUUUUUUUGUUAAUUUGCUCCAGCCAAGUGACAUCUGAGUAAAAUUUACCUGGUUUAAUAUAUUUUUUAAAAAUGCCUUUUUGAGGAAAAAAAAGAGUGUCUUUCUCUGGGUUGGCUAGAAUUUUUGUUUGUUAUUUUGCCUGCUGUGAAUAUGAUGGUGUGCUGUGACUGAAUGAUUUGACUGGUAUGGAGUCCUGCUUGUUCCUGUGGCAUUGCAAGACAUCCCAGUGUGUUCUAGGCAUGUGUGCACAUAUGUAUGUGUUAAGGGGUGUGUGUGUGUGCAAAUUGUGGGCAUGCUUAUGAAUGAUAACAAUGUCAUUAAUAGGUAUUUAUUAGUUCCUUCUAUGUGGUAGACACUGAUUAAGGGAAAAUGUAAGUUCUUCAUUAGCCUUUUCUCUUACUACAUUGUCUUUUUUCUAAGAUUAGACUCUAUCUGUCACCACAGUUUAGCCAAUUCUUGCUUCAGGGAGGCAGAAUAGCUCUGUGUUUUGGCUAGUUGCUGGGUGAAGGGCAAGCAAAGUGGGAAAUCUUUCUUUGGCUCUGCUACCAAUGGCUUCUUGGAUAUCAUCCAAUAUCCUUUCUUCCAUGGGAUUGGAUCACUCCCAGGGGAAACUGGACAAAAUCCAGGGAGCAGUCCUCCAAAACCAUCCUUUUUUUUCACUACCCAUUUUCCUCUUACAAAAAAAAAAAACACCAUGAAUCUGAAAGAAAAUUUUUACUUUUGACAUGGAGAUGUCAUUUCCCACCUGGUGCCUGGCAUGGCAAAUAUCUCCUAGCCCAUCCCUAGGUGAAUCACUUUUCUCUCUGUUCUCUACACGUUCCCAGUACAAUUCGUAGGCAUGACAACCCCCAUCCUGUUCAGGAGAGAGCACCACGUAAAUACCAAGUAUUUCAUUCACCACCUAUGGUACAUCGCAGUUGGUAUAACUGGAAUCAGGAGACAGUGGGAAGCCAGUCAGCUCUAUUCAAGCCUGUUCAAAGAUUACUGUCAUGCUCUAGCUUCCUGCUUUAUUAUAUUAAAUCAUGACCCAGAAUUUUUGUGAGGUAAGUGGCCCAGGGCACUGCUGCCUUCAAAGCUCCCAUUGAACCCUUCUGGGUCAGGAAUAUUGAGUGAUGACCUGGUCUCUUGAUCAACAACAUAUAGCAGCUCGAGCUGCUAUCUCUGAUUCUGUUGCUCCCUAACUUUGAGAAUUCUCCAUGUCUCUUUCCUCACCUGCAGAGAUGAGGCCAACAUUUGUCAUGUACUGAGCCAGGACUGUGGAGUUCAGUUAGAGUCAGGUGCUGGGAGAGGAGAAGGUGGUAUAGGGUUGGUUGGCAAGAGAAAAUACUUUCGUUGUUUGAUAAAGGGUGCUUGAGAAGUGUGAAGUGAGUGUGAAAAGGGUGAUUUUACAGCUCUGACAUGCAUGUCUUCAUCUUGUGUGAGUGGGCAGAGAGACUUUAACUCACCAAUUAAAGGCAUCAAGGUCUCAAGUGGGAGACUCAGCUACCUGCCAUAAUAACAUAAACCAUUCUGAGAAAGGGAGCCUCACGAGGCUGACUGAGCAUUAGUGUCAAGACUGACAGUCUGGAAUCUCAGUAAAACAGACUUAUUUAUUCAGGUGGAAAUCAAAUCAGGACAAAAGAUCAUUGAAUCAUAGCUUGGUACUCAAUAGGACCAUGGAAGUCUUCUAAUCCAACCUCACUUUAUACAUGAGGAAACUGAGGCCCAGAGUGGCCAAGUGUCUUUUGGCUAAGGUUACAUGAGUGCUAAGUAUGGAAGAGUCAGGAUUUGAACUCAGGCCCUCCAACUCCAAAAUCUGGACUUUUUUCCACUGGUACCAUGUCUCCCCCCUCCCAUUCCCAAAUGAGGGCAAUCUCCUCACACUGGUCUCCCCGUCCUUAAAAUCUUCGCAAUUUCAUGUACCUAGAACGAUGGGGAAUUACAGCUACUUGGUUCUAAAUAAAAGAUCCAGUUUGGGGAAAGAGUGUGGCCUCUUGACUUCCUUAUAAGAUGGAUCUUGAGAACUCCCCAGCCUUGGCCUU